AGUUGAGAUGACAAAAGAACUAUCCUAGCCUUGAAUUGGAUCAGCCUGGGACUGGUCUAAUAACUAUUUAGAAGAGAGGUUCUCUGAUAUCCGAAACCAGCAAUACAAUUCAGCAGUCACGAGCCAUUGGAGUAUUGGAAUUUAUUACCCAAAACUACAAAAACCUUGUCUCACACUGGCAUGGCUGGCUCACCCAGAAAAUGAGAAGACGACACGUCUGAUAAGUACCAGGUACCGAUGAAUCAUUCGAGUUCCAUGUUAUCUUCUGUUGCAGGGUGCUCAGCUUUGCCGCCAAACUUAGGUACAAAGCCCAAAAACACUCCAAACAGAAGAAGACACUUCAUCUCUCUUCUACAAAAUUGCAAACACAAUAACCAAAUCCCACCAAUCCAUGCUAAAAUCAUAAGGAACCACCGUCACCAAGACCCCUUUGUUGUGUUCGAGCUGCUUCGUGUUUGCUCCAAUCUAAACUCCAUUGGUUACGCGUCCAAGAUCUUCUCCCAGACUCAAAACCCAAACGUCUAUCUUUACACUGCUCUUAUUGAUGGGUUGGUGUUAUCUUGCUAUUACACUGACGGGAUUCAUUUAUAUUAUCAAAUGAUCAAUUCAUCACUUGUGCCCGAUAGCUAUGCGGUCACUUCGGUUUUAAAAGCUUGUGGGUGCCACUUGGCUUUGAAAGAAGGUAGAGAGGUUCAUUCCCAGGUCUUGAAACUGGGUUUAAGUUCAAAUAGAUCGAUAAGAAUUAAACUAAUUGAGCGUUAUGGGAAAGGCGGAGCUUUUGAAGAUGCAAGGCAGGUUUUCGAUGAAAUGCCUGAAAGAGAUGUUGUUGCGUCGACUGUCAUGAUAAACUAUUACUUUGAUCAUGGGUUGGUUAAUGAGGCCACUAGUGUGUUUAGUUUGAUCAGGAUAAAGGAUACGGUUUGUUGGACUGCGAUGAUUGACGGGCUGGUUAGGAAUGGAGAGAGCAAUAGAGCUCUAGAGGUUUUUAGAAAUAUGCAAAGGGAGGAUGUAAUGCCUAAUGAAGUUACUAUUGUUUGUGUUUUAUCUGCUUGUUCGGAAUUGGGUGCUUUGCAGCUUGGAAGAUGGGUGCACUCUUAUAUGGACAAGCAUGGCAUUGAGCUCAACCAGUUUGUUGGGGGUGCUUUAAUCAAUAUGUAUUCCAGGUGCGGUGAUAUAGAUGAGGCGCAAAGGGUUUUUGAACAAAUGAAGGAGAAAAAUACUUAUAUUUUGCUAUCGAAUGCGUACUCUUCAUCAGGGAAAUGGAAAGAGGCUGCAGAAGUAAGAACAAAUAUGAGGGAGGAGGGAAUAGAAAAGGAACCAGGGUGUAGUUCCAUUGAAGUGAAUAAUGAAAUUCACGAGUUCCUUCUGGGAGACCUCAGACACCCCCAAAAGGAAAAGAUCUACAAAAAGUUGGAGGAGUUGAACGAAAUAUUAAGAUUAGAAGGAUAUACUCCAGCGACAGAGGUUGUGCUGCAUGAUAUUGAGAAAUCAGAAAAAGAAUGGGCUUUAGCAAUACAUAGUGAGAGGCUUGCUAUCUGUUAUGGACUCAUCUCAACUAAACCAUUGACUACAAUAAGAGUUGUGAAAAAUUUGAGGGUAUGUGAUGACUGUCACUUAACGAUCAAGCUCAUUUCAAAUAUUACAAGGAGAAAAAUAGUGGUGAGGGAUCGCAAUAGAUUUCACCAUUUUGAAAAUGGGGUUUGUUCUUGUGGGGACUAUUGGUGAGAUGAAGAUUAUAAAAGUCUAUAAAUGAUGUUAUUAUGCACUGUAACUUUUUUAUUCUUCUCCUCCUCCUCCGGAAA